CUAUACUUGGCAGAUCAGAAACACAGGAGUGCAUCUUCUAUAAUGCUAAUUGGGAAAAAGAUAGAACUAAUCGUACUGGUGUUGAACCUUGUUAUGGUGACAAAGAUAAAAGACGACACUGCUUUGCAACCUGGAAAAAUAUUUCUGGCUCAAUCGAAAUAGUAAAGCAAGGUUGUUGGUUGGAUGAUAUUAACUGUUAUGACAGGAACGAUUGUGUUGAAAAAAAGGACAACCCUGAAGUGUAUUUCUGUUGCUGUGAAGGCAAUAUGUGCAAUGAAAGGUUUUUCUAUUUUCCAGAGAUGGAGAUCACAAUACCAACUUCCAAUCCAGUUACACCCAAGCCACCCUUGUUCAGCACCUUGCUUUACUCGUUGGUACCCAUCAUGCUAAUUGCAGGAAUUGUGCUGCUUUCAUUUUGGAUGUAUAGGCAUCACAAGUUGGCAUACCCUCCUGUACUUGUUCCAACCCAAGAUCCAGGACCACCCCCACCAUCUCCAUUACUGGGCUUGAAGCCCCUACAGUUAUUGGAAAUAAAAGCUAGGGGAAGAUUUGGUUGUGUCUGGAAAGCUCAGUUACUCAAUGAGUAUGUGGCUGUCAAAAUCUUUCCAAUACAGGACAAACAGUCAUGGCAGAAUGAAUAUGAAGUAUAUAGUCUUCCUGGAAUGAAACAUGAGAAUAUAUUGCAAUUUAUUGGUGCAGAAAAAAGAGGCACCAGUGUUGAUGUUGAUCUCUGGCUAAUCACAGCAUUUCAUGAAAAGGGUUCAUUAACUGACUUUCUCAAGGCCAAUGUGGUUUCUUGGAAUGAAUUGUGCCAUAUUGCUGAAACUAUGGCCAGAGGAUUGGCAUAUUUACAUGAAGAUAUACCUGGUUUAAAAGAUGGUCACAAACCUGCCAUAUCACACAGGGACAUCAAAAGCAAAAAUGUGUUGUUGAAAAACAAUCUCACAGCUUGUAUUGCUGACUUUGGUUUGGCAUUAAAGUUUGAGGCAGGGAAGUCUGCAGGUGAUACCCAUGGACAGGUUGGUACCCGAAGGUAUAUGGCUCCAGAAGUUUUAGAGGGUGCUAUAAACUUUCAAAGGGAUGCAUUUUUGAGAAUAGAUAUGUAUGCCAUGGGAUUAGUACUGUGGGAACUUGCCUCCCGCUGCACUGCUGCAGAUGGUCCCGUGGAUGAGUACAUGUUGCCAUUUGAAGAGGAAAUUGGCCAGCAUCCAUCCCUUGAAGAUAUGCAGGAAGUUGUCGUGCAUAAAAAAAAGAGACCUAUUUUAAGGGAGUGUUGGCAGAAACAUGCUGGAAUGGCAAUGCUCUGUGAAACAAUAGAAGAAUGUUGGGAUCACGAUGCAGAAGCCAGGUUAUCAGCUGGUUGUGUAGGAGAAAGGAUUAUUCAAAUGCAAAGACUAACAAAUAUUAUCACAACAGAGGACAUUGUGACUGUGGUCACUAUGGUGACAAACGUUGACUUUCCUCCCAAAGAAUCCAGUCUAUGAUAAUUACAUUGGUUGUUCACACUGAGAAACAGGACUCGGAACUUGGAGCUGCUAAGCUAAUGAGACUGCUUACGGUUUCAGAUGUUUUCUGUGUGAGACCGAGUGGUGAGUCUUUUGGGAAUGGUGGGAAGGCAGCCCGCUUUUAAAAUGUGGAUCCAGAAGACCUCCUGCAUUCCCCACAUGGACUUGAAGGACGACAUAUGACCAGGAGAAGAGGCAAACUCUUAUCAAUCAAAGAACUUUUCAGAUGUAAAGGAAGAAUGUGGCCCUCUACGGAUCAUAUGGACCUGUCUAAUCAAGCAUUUAAAAACUGACAUCAAAUUUCUUAAUGUCUGUCAGAAGACACUAAUUCCUUAAAUGAACUACUGCUAUUUUUUUUAAAUCAAAAACUUUUCAUUUCAGAUUUUAAAAAGGGUAACUUGUUUUUAUUGCAUUUGCUGUUGUGUUUAUAUCAAUGACUAUUGUAAUGCCAAUAUGACACAGCUUGUGAAUGUUUAGUGUGCUGCUGUUCUGUGUACAUAAACAGUCAUCAAAGUGGGAUACAGUAAAGAGGCUUCCAAGCAUUACUUUAACCUCCCUCAACAAGGUAUACCUCAGUUCCACGGUUGCUAAAUUAUGAUUGAAAACACUAACAAAAUUUGAAUAAUAAAUCAAUCCAUGUUUUGUAAAGACGUAUUACAAAUUCACUGUGUUAUUUAAAAAAACAAAAACAAAGGGUAAGCUACGCUUUGUGCCAACAGGAAGUGGCCAUUCCUAAAGCAGUGUUGUAAGCCUUUUCUUGUGCUAGCUCAUGUUUAAAAAAAAAAAAAAGUGCUGUUUUUUUAAAUGAAAACCUUAAUAUCGUUUUCUUGCCCUCCCGUCCCCUUCUCCUUGUUUUUAGUUUAAAGCUUCAUCUUACCUCCAGUUCCCAAAAUAAUAACAUAUACUUAUUUUACUUAAAUACUAUUUAGGUUUGCUGUGUCUGAGGAAUAUUUGAAAAUGUAAAGCAUGAUUUUUUAAAAGUGUUUUUUAAGUGAGCUGUGACACUGGAAAGCUCUUAGUUUUCUUAUUAAUUUUUUUAAAUAGACUUUUUCCUAUUUAUGUA